AUGACGGAAAAACGCACAUCGGCGUCGGGCGCAAUGUCCGAGAACAACGGCGCAAGCGCCAGAUCAAAAGUCACGACGGCAGAUGCGAGGAAAGAUGCACGACCGAAAGACUUGCCAGCAACAUCGGCAGUGAAAUCAGAAACAUCUGGAACUGGAAGCCAUGCGAGCCCCAAGAAGCGCCGCAAGGUAAAUCACGCGGCCAAAGAACCGUACCUGCGUCAACGAUUCUCGCUUAAUUCUCGCGUUGCAAGCGAUUCCUCGAAACACAACUGUGCUGACUUGAUACUAAUAAACUUCGCCGCACGACAGCAUAUGACAUGCGACUCGGAGCGUCCCUGCACGCGUUGUAUAAAACGCAAUAUCGGCCAUCUUUGCCAUGACGAACCCCGAGAACCGACAAAAAGGCGGGACACAGAUCAUUCGGCGGCGGAUGAGGAAGGGUCGUCGAAUAACGAGCUGAGCAGCGUGCAAAAUAUGCGUACGAGCGUCGACUUAUCGGACCCUAUCAAAUCCCAAGUCCUUACAGAUGGCUCAAUGGGUAUUACCCCCUCGUCGGUGCAGCCAUCGAGUUUGAUCUCGUCCAGUCAAAGUCUUGAGAACCAACAGCAGCUGUUUGCCUACAACGAGUGGCUUGGUGGCCAGACUCAAUUUCAAGACAUGCAUCCACUUCAUCCGUCAUAUAUGUUCAAUGCGCCGGAGGUGACGAACGAAUAUAACCUGCUAGGUGACUUCCUCAGUAACAGCUUACUCGAUGAUGGGACCCUCUUUCAAGAUCAAACCAUGCAGAACAUAUACGCUGAUCCAACUCUCAUGGGCUCUGCCAACCCGACCGGUGGAAGUAAUAGCCUCAUCGCGCCAACACAGCCUGCGCAGACAACGCAAAGUCAGGACCCGCAAGGAGACUCUAUUGGGCGCUCAGCCUCUACUUUGGGCAAUGACAAAGCUCGCGAGACAUACUACAUGACAGCCGCAGACCCAUCUGGUUCUGAUCCACCCGAGGAGCGGAUGAACAAGCUCCUCAAGGCAAAGUAUGACGCGGGACUUUUGAAGCCAUUUAAUUACGUAAAGGGCUAUGCAAGGCUCAAUCAAUACAUGGAGAAGAACAUGCAUCAGGCAUCUCGGCAAAAGAUUCUUCGCCAGCUUGACAAAUUUCGCCCCAAGUUUCGCGAGCGAAUGCAGAGUUUGACUGAUGUUGAGCUAAUCCUCGUGGAGAUGUGGUUCGAGAGAAGUCUGAUGGAGUAUGAUCGUGUGUUUGCCAGCAUGGCUAUCCCAGCUUGUUGCUGGCGGCGAACUGGCGAGAUUUUCCGCGGCAACAAUGAGAUGGCGCAGCUGAUCGAUGUACCAAUAGAAAGCUUAAGAGAUGGGAAAUUGGCCAUUCACGAGUUCUUUGUUGAAGAUCAGCUUGUUAGCUACUGGGAGAAGUUUGGUGCUAUUGCAUUUGACAAUACCCAGAAAGCUAUGCUGACGAGCUGCACUUUGAAGAGCCCCAAUAACCCAACAGGUGAGGGUAUUCCUUGUUGCUUUUCAUUUACUAUUCGACGAGACAAUCACAACAUCCCAUCUCUUAUUGUUGGCAAUUUCUUGCCCAUUCAGCGAACACACAGAUAA